GUUGCGUUCAGUGUCAGUGCUCCUGAACGCAGCACUGCACCUUCCACCGACUCACCUGCAGAAACUGCUUCACUGACAGAAGAGUAAACACACCAGGGAGGUACAGACAAGCCGUGAUGACGAGCUUCCAGAUGAGUGCGAAGGAGGAGAUGUUGGAGAAGUUCCUGGAUGCUGCGUCCAGAGGAGACCUGAGCCAGAUGUCCACUCUGCUGUCCAGCGUCCCGUCGCUCCUCAACCAGACGGGACACAACGGCUGGACGGCUCUCAUGUUCGCCGCCCGCAACGGACACUAUCAUGUAGCAGAGACGUUGCUGUCACACGGCUGCGACAAGUUCUCAGUGAACGGCUCGUCUCAGACAGCCUACGAUAUCGCCAAGUUCUGGGGUCACAGACACAUCUCAAACCUGCUGAGUGGGACGGACGACGGCUGCCGGCGCAUCCUGCCGACCUCUGACCUCAACCAGCAGGAGAACUUCUUCAGCAGAGAGACGUUGGACCGGCUGAGCGGGAAGAGGACGGACGCUGGCUGGCUGGAGGCCAAACAGAGCGACAGGGACACUGUUUACCUUCUGUUCUCCAACCUGAAUCCCAUGAUCAGCUGCUCACAGGAGGAGGAGACUGAAGGGGGAGCGACCAGACUGUGUCGCUUCAGAUACGACGAUGUUAAAGAUCUCCUCCAGAAAGAAGCCACCGUGCUCAUCUUCAUCGGGGUAGAGAAGAAGAAAAAGCCCUCCUCCUCUUCCUCCUCACAGACGGAGGGCUCUAUCUGGGAUCCUCCCGCUUGGUUCGCCGUCGGCACGGACGAAGACGCAGCCAAACUUCUGAAACGCUGCAGAGAAAAGAGCUGCUCCUUCCCGAAGACGCCCAACAGAGACCUGCUGAAGCUCAGCGAGGAAGAAGCAGGAGUGGUGGCUCAGGCUCGCUCGGUGUUGGCCUGGCACAGCCGCUACAGCUUCUGUCCAACAUGCGGCAGCAGCACCAAACUGGAGGAAGGAGGAUAUAAGAGGAGCUGCCUGAAUGCUGACUGCAGGAGUCUGAAGGGAGUCCACAACACCUGCUACCCACGAGUCGAUCCAGUGGUCAUCAUGCUGGUGAUUCAUCCUGAUGGAAACCAGUGUUUACUGGGAAGGAAGAAAGUUUUCCCACCAGGAAUGUUCUCCUGUCUGGCUGGAUUCAUAGAGCCUGGAGAGACGAUGGAGGAGGCGGUGAGGAGAGAGUCGGAGGAGGAGAGCGGUGUGAAAGUCGGACCGGUUCAGUACGUUUCCUGUCAGCCCUGGCCGAUGCCAUCCAGCCUCAUGAUUGGCUGCAUGGCCGUCGCCAUGUCGACCGACAUCAAGGUGGACGAGAACGAGAUCGAGGAGGCUCGCUGGUUCCCACGGCAACAGGUGAUCGACUCUCUGUUCAGAGGCUCCAGUCCGAACUUCAGCGUUCCUCCCAGACAAACCAUCGCUCACCAGCUGAUCAGACACUGGAUCGGCAUGAACUCUAACCUUUGACCUUUUAACACCCGAACCUCCCUGCAGGCUGAUGUCAGCGGUCUGAACCAGCAGGUUGUUCUGGUUUCAUUUACUCUCAGUCACAUAAAAAAGGAAUAACUCCACUUUUAGGAGACAGACUGUAUACAAAUGGGAAAUAUGAGAAACACUGGACUGGUUUCAUACUUUGGGAAUUAUGGAUAAGGAAGAAAUAAGUGAAAAUGUGCACUGUGGAUGAACUCAGAAAGCUUUUAUCAGUCAGAAGGAGCAGAAACAUUUUUACAUUUUCACUGAGACAAUAAAUCAAGUAAACAGCACCGACAUUCACUUUAUAACAAAAGCAACAAUUUAAUUUUAAAGAGUUGAAAACACGUCAAAAGUAAUAUUAAAAAGUAGUAAAGUAAGUUUAAAAAACAAAGGGAAUCUUUAUUUUAUGUCAUCUUAACAACUUAAAAACAAAAAAAGUGACUUAUUACAUGUGAAGUGCUGUUUCACAUGUGAUGCAUUCAGGGACACGUGGUUUUCAGAUGUGUCACAUAUGAAGCAUUCAGGGACCCAUGUUACCCAAACUCACUUGUACCCCUGAAUGCAUCACAUCUGGAAACAGCAAUUGACAUGUGAUGCAUUCAGGGGCACAUUUUGUUUUCGGGCAUUUCACAUGUGAUGCAUUCAAGGACACGUUACCCAAAACUCAAAUGUACCCCUGAAUGCAUCACAUGUGUAAAUAGCAAUUCCCGAAGUUUAACAUGUGAUACAUUCAGGGGCAAAUGCGGUUUUCGGGCAUUUCACAUGUGAUGCAUUCAGGAGCAUGUUACCUAAAAACCACAUGUGCCCCUGAAUGCAUCACAUGUGGAAACAGCAAUUCACAUGUGAUGCAUUCAGGGGUACAUUUGAGUUUUGGGUAAUGUUUCAUGUGUCAAAGAUUAAGGGGCAAAUGCGGUUUUUCGGGGCAUUUCACAUGUGAUGCAUUCAGGGGCACAUGUUACCAAAAAAAAAACACAUCUGCUCCUGAAUGUUUCACAUGUUAUAAGUUACAUGUAGUUUCAGAGUUUUCAGAUGUUUCACACGCCAUGCAUUCAGGGGCAAAUGUCACCCAAAAACCACAUGCGUCCCUGAAUGCAUCACAUGUGAAACAACACUUCAUAUGUGAUGAGUCACGU